AUGCUCUUCUCGCUCCUCCGCCUGGUUACUCUCUCACGCACACCCCUUGUCACCGUCGUGUCCGGUAGCAUGGAGCCGGCAUUCCAACGUGGUGACCUCUUGAUUCUUUGGAACCGUUCAGAGAUCAGCGUCGGGGAUAUCCCCGUGGUGUGGUUCCAAGGAUAUCCGAUGCCCAUGGUGCAUCGGACCAUCAAGACCGUGGACGAGGCCGGAAUGGAAGAAACUGAAGGCCAAUUUUUGACCAAAGGCGACAAUAACCAAUUUGAUGAUUUGGAGCUGUAUCCUCCAGGCAGGGAGCUGGUGAGGAGAGGUGAAGUCGUCGGGAAUGUAGUUGGCUAUGUGCCAGCUAUCGGAUGGCCAGCAUUGUGGAUCAUGGACUUGAGAACUGGGCUUUCACGACGGCUACCGAUGUGGCAGCAAGCAAGUUGGGAUAGCGAGUUGAUUUGGAGAGAUGGUGAAGGAGAACCGGGGUCGGAUUUCUUGACGGCUUGA